AUGGGCUCCAAUCCAGAAUCUGGUAAGAUACUCGACGUCAUCAUCGUCGGGGCCGGCAUCUCAGGCAUAAACACGGCGUACUACCUCCAGACCCGUGGUCCCAAGAACUCGUCGUAUGCCAUUCUCGAGCGGCGCGGACGCAUCGGUGGCACAUGGGACCUUUUCCAGUACCCCGGCGUCCGUUCCGACUCGGACGUCUACACCUACGGUUUCUCGUGGAACCUGUGGCAGGGCGAGAAGCCCAUCUCACCGGGCGACGAGAUCUGCGCGUACCUGAGCGAGUCGGCGGCCAUGGAGGGCAUCGACAAGCACAUCAGGUUUCACCAGCACAUUGUCUCGGUCGACUGGAGCUCCGAGUCGUCGACGUGGAGGGUGACGUCGCUCGUCGAGCCCGAGGAGAAGGAGGUCACGUACUGCUCCAAGUUCCUGGUCCUGGGGACUGGAUACUACGACUACGACAUGCCGCUGCCGGCCAUCAUCCCUGGGAUAGACAACUUCCAAGGCACCGUCAUCCAGCCGCAGUUCUGGCCCGAGGAUCUCGACUAUCUCGACAAGAACGUCGUCAUUAUCGGUAGCGGUGCAACCGCCAUCACCCUGCUGCCCAACAUAGCCAGGGACGCUGGGCACGUCACCAUGCUCCAGCGUAGCCCAAGCUACAUCUUCCCGCUCCCGAUGAAGCAGCUGCUCCCGAUCAGGCUUCUCCUGGCCAUGCUGCCCCUCUCCGUCAGCGGCCGCAUAAAGCGCAUCGAAUUUGCCUUCCUCGGCUACUUGCUAUACUACGUCUGCCAGUACCUCCCCAGCGUCGGUCGCUUCUUCAUCCGGUCCGCCAUCAAGAGGGAGCUUCCCGCGGGCUACGACAUGGACCCCAACCUCACCCCGCGCUACAACCCCUGGGAUCAGCGACUGUGCAUCACGCCAGGAGGCGACUUCUACGCUGCCCUCCGCUCGACAAAGGCCGACAUCGUCACAGAUGUCGUCAGCAGCAUGGACUCGGACUCUAUCCGACUGCAAUCCGGCAAGGUGCUGCGGCCCGACAUCAUCAUUCUGGCCACGGGUGUCAAGCUCAGCUUCGCCGGCAAGAUCAAGAUAUCGGUCGAUGGCCGGCCCACUGACCUCUCCAGCAAGUUUUCUUUCAAGGCCUGCAUGGUCCAGGACGUUCCAAACCUGGCCUUCAUCAUAGGAUAUGCCAACGCCUCGUGGACGCUGGGCGCCGAGGCCACGUCUAUCUUCCUUGCUAGGCUAUGGAACGCCAUGGAGUCCCAGAAGAUCAAGUCUGUCGUCGCCCGUCUGGCUCCCGACACCAAGAUGAAGGAAGCCUCUCACCUCGACCUCGAUUCCACCUAUAUCAAGGCCGGUGCCCAUACGAUGCCCAAGGCAGGCGAGGGCCUGUGGGCUCCCAAAAGGGUCUACUAUAAGGAUCUCUACACAUACUCGUAUCACCCCGUCCUCGAAGGACUCGAGACGAGGUAG